AUGAUUGCCUCGAGUCUGCUUAUAGGCUUUUCAAAGCCCAUCAUGAAUGUGACUAAAAAUUCCAUGAGAAGUCUAGGGUACUUGGGCCGUUUAGAACCAAGCGAAGGUUCCGUCAAGGGAUACAAGCGUUUAGGUCGUGGUGCUUCUUCGGACAAAGGUAAAACCUCUGGACGUGGUCAAAAGGGUCAAAAAGCUAGAGGAAAAGUGCCAUUUUUGUUUGAAGGUGGUCAAACACCACUUUAUAAGAGACUUCCAUUUUACGGAUUCAGCAAUGCUCAUAAUGCCAUGGACUAUCACAAGGUCAGAUUAGACAAGAUCCAGGAUUAUUGGAACAACGGGAAAAUACCCCUCAAAGAGGGCGAGACUUUGACAAUCAAGGUGAUGAGAGAUUGCGGGUUGAUCACGGGGUCGAUAAAGGACGGAGUUAAACUUUAUGCACUGAAGGGAUCCACUUUUAACGUACCAUUGAAUAUCGAGGCAUCAAAGGCAACAAUUCCAGCAAUCGAGCAAAUAGAGGCGGCAAAUGUGACAUUCACUGCAAGAUAUUUCACGAAUUUGGGACUUAGGGCCCACCUCGACCCUGAAAAGUUUUUGCUUAGAAAAGGUUAUGUUCCAUUACCAGCUAGACCCACAUCCCAAAAAGAUAUUCAAUACUAUAGCGAUCCUGAAAAAAGGGGAUACUUGGCCAAGGAUGAGUCUAUAUUAGCAGAGCCAUUGAGGAUUGCACGUGAAGAGUACGAUAAUCGUAAAGCAAAGAAAGUUGUUUCCAAAUUCAAAUCUCUUGAGGAGCAAUUACAAGAUGCCUCAUCAACCGCUUUCAGGGCUACAAAUAGAACAGUGAGCGUGAAUGAUCUUAACUAA